UAGAUUCUGAUCAAAAGAAAAAGAGAGAGAGAGAAAUUAAAUAAAAAUUUCGGUUAUCUAAGUUGACUUUUCUAUAUUGGAGAUUUGGCUUAAUCCGUCUCCCAGACCCAGACACGCACAUAGAAUUCCCCAGCUCGAGAUCUCUUAUUUGGCCUCAUCUGUCAAUGGCGGAAGAUACCUCCCCCGUACCGUCGACACCGCCCUUUGUGGAGGUGUUUUGUGAAAUAUCCGGUAAAGACUACCGAUUCACAGCUGGGACCAAGGCCGAGUUUGCUGUCUCCGUCAUCAAUCGCAAACUUGUUGGUUCGUCCAAAUCCAAAGCACUUUACAUCGAAGCCGUAAAGGAAGGUGAAGAGCCUAUCAGUUUCGGGGAUGGUGCUUCUCUUGUGAGUUACGGACAUGGUUGGAGGCUUAAGACAGUGGUUGACGAUUCUGUUUUGCCUGGAACGGAGAAAGAGGAUACUUUUCAGAGACUGUUCCCUUCUGUAUUAUCAAUGGGUUCCAAAGAUUCAAAGCCUGCAAAAGUUAUGAAAGCAGAAGUUGAAGGAGACCAAAGUCUGAAAUACAUUGGGAGGAUAAUGUUUGCAUUUGUUUUGAUGUUUAUACUUGGUGGCCUCUUCACAAUAGCUCUUGAGAACCUUCCUAAAUUGAUAUUGCUCUUUAACAAUCCUUCCAUGUAAUAAUUGACACUUUUCCAAGCACAGAGACCUUCUGGGAUGUUAUAAUAGUUAAGGCUUUAUUUAUUUGUCUAUCUAACUCAUUUAGAGAACGUUCCGUGGAGAGCCAAUCAGUUUUGUAAAUGAUGUUUAUCUUGUGAAUGAUGGACAUGGUUGUAAUCUUAAUAUAGUGAUUGAUGAUUCUGA